GUCCAGUUUUUAUUAAUAAGGAGAAGAGAGAGUUUACAAGUCAGAGUGCUUGGAAGGUCAGAACUAUUAACAGAUUACUCACGCAAAAAAAGGAUCAACAAGGGAGCCGAGAUGCUUGGCCCCUGCAAAAGCCCACAAUCUGACCUCCUCCUUCAGCAGGAUGAUGAAACGUGAAAUCAGCGUCUCUGCUUGUCUGAAAAUUCUGUUGUUUCGUUCUUGCCAUAGGGCCCAAAGGGUUAGCAAAACCAGCGAGCCUAGUCCCUUCUUAGGUUGGUCGCAGGGACUGAACAGGAGCGGAACCAGGAAUGCAGGUCGGCAUCGACUGACCAGCUGGAAGGACAGAGGGUAGAACAUUGUGUCCAUGCCGAAAUGGAGGACCAAACCUGUUUGGAAAAGGGGCAUUCAGUCACCAAAUGCAGGGCUGUUUCAAGGUUCCGUUCACAGCUGGCAGAAAUACGAAUUCGGCCAACCACGCUAAAGGAGUCUAUCUGCUGUCCAGACCCUGUUCUACAUUGCUUUGCUACUGUGAUUUAUUUGGUUUUAUAUUUCUUGUGCUGGAAUUAAAAUAUAUGUUUAACUGGGUGCCAUUGAAUCCAUGGCAAGAGUCUUGCAUAGCUCUGGCUCACUACACCAAUUUCACUUGAAGGUUGAAAUAUGUUCAGAUGAGUGUAACGGAGAGAGCUCUAGAACACCAGAAAGAACAAUAAGCUUACCAUUCUAUGGUUCAAUAUAUGAGCCUGAUUGCGAGGAUGGCUUACAACCCACAAUUGGUAUGGUGUUCGAUAGCUGGGAGCAAGGAGAAGAUUUCUACAGAGCAUAUGCUAAGCAUAUGGGAUUUGGGGUUCGCAAAUGGACACAAUAUAAAAAGGCAGAUGGCACAACCAUCUGGAAGCGAUUUGUUUUUUCAAAGGAAGGCUGGAGGAAAGAGCAAGAAAGUGGUGAAGAUGAGAAGCCUAAAAGGAAGUUCAAGAUAACUCGGUGUGGCUGUGAGGCUAUGAUUGGAUUCAAGAGGUGGUCGCCAAGUAUGUGGUCGCCAAGUUCAUCUCCGGGCACACCCAUGAUUUGGUCUCCCCAAGGAUGAGGCAUUUAAUCAAAUCAAACAGAGAAGUGACUAGUGGAGUGAAGUGUGCAUAUCAAAUCAAACAGAGAAGUGACUAGUGGAGUGAAGUGUGCAUUAUUCACAUGUCACAAAGCGUCAAUUGGCACUUAUGCAGCAUUCUGGAUGCUCAGUGCAGAGAAAGGUGGGCCUGCAAACCUAGGUACCAAGCACGGAGACGAGCUCUAGAGGAUUAGAUAGGUAGGGCAUCUGGUCGCUCUUGCGGAUCAAGAGGCGUUUGAACACGGAACAAUUAGGGAAGGAAUGUGUGAGAUGCUAUACAUGUACACUGUACAGUAGGUAAGCCGUGCUGAGAUAAGAUACUGCCAUACCGGUAUAUGUGAGUUUCACCAUAUGAUUCCCCAGAACAGAGGCAGAAUGCUCCAUGUAUAUUUGGGCAUUGUAUGUGGUGAAAAUAACUUGUCCAGAAAUGUGCCCCAUAGUACAAGAAA